AGGGCAUCAUGGUGCGCGUCCUCAGCGCCCUGGGUUUGAUCAUGUUCAGCGUGGCUCUGCUCAUCCUGUCUCUCAUCAGCUACGUGUCCAUAAAGAAGGACGCCAUCUUCACGGGCCCCAAAUACCCGAGCGGAGGAGGAGGAGGUGGCGGCCCGCGGAUGUACAUGUUUCAUGCGGGGUUUAGGUCCCAACUGGCAAUGAAGUUUUUGGACCCAGCGUUCACCCCCCUGAGCAACGCCCUGAAUGAGAACCUGCAGGACAAUUCCUCCAAGUGGAGGUUUAAUAAAACUGCGUACCUGCAGCAAAGUACCGAGAUCGGCCAGUACAUCGACAUGGCGCGUAACUUCACCCUGACCAAGAGCAGCGUGCGCGUGGGUCAGCUGAUGCACUACGAUUACUCCAGCCACAAAUACGUCUUCUCCAUCGGCGAGAACUUCCGCUCGCUGCUGCCGGACUCCUCGCCCGUCCUCGGCCGGCGCUACAACACGUGCGCGGUGGUGGGCAACAGCGGCAUCCUCACGGGCAGCCGGUGCGGCGCCGCCAUCGACUCGUACGACUUCGUCUUCCGCUGCAACUUCGCGCCCACCGAGUUCUUCCGCAAGGACGUGGGCCGGCGCACCAACCUCACCACCUUCAACCCCAGCAUCCUGGAGAAGUACUACAACAACCUGCUGACCAUCCAGGACCGCAACAACUUCUUCCUGAGCCUGAAGAAGCUGGACGGUGCCGUGCUGUGGAUCCCCGCCUUUUUCUUCCACACCUCGGCCACGGUCACGCGCACGCUGGUGGACUUCUUCGUGGAGCACCAAGGGCAGCUCAAGGUGCGACUGGCCUGGCCUGGGAACAUCAUGCAGUACGUGAACAGGUACUGGAAGACGAAGCAGCUCUCCCCGAAGCGUCUGAGCACCGGGAUCCUGAUGUUCACUCUGGCCUCGUCCAUGUGCGAGCAGAUCCACCUGUACGGCUUCUGGCCCUUCGGCUGGGACCCCAACACGGGCAAGGAGCUGCCGUACCACUACUACGACAAGAAGGGAACCAAGUUCACCACCAAGUGGCAGGAAUCGCACCAGCUGCCCACCGAGUUCAAGCUCCUGUUCAAGAUGCACACGGAGGGCGUGGUCAAGCUGAGUCUGUCGCACUGCACUUAGGCGUCGGCGUUCUGAGCUUCGCGGGACGUUGAGCCGCACAGCCCUGAUUUAAGCGGUGCUGAGUUGUGGUCACCUGAACAAUUCACAUGAAUUUGGGCGGU